AUGGUGGUGUUAAGUGAAGACAGUCGAUCCAAAACUGAAGGAUUCUUCAAAGUUUCCAAGAUAUAUGUCUGCAAAUUUAGCUACAAGACAUUCGACAAUUCGACAUCAUUCUAAUUAAUUAAGUUAAGCAAACCUGCAAUGCUGAAUGAUGUACAACCAGCCAAGCUGACCUAACCAGACCCAAACAGCCCUGAGCUCACCCCGGGUGAGGAAUGCACAGUGAGCGGUUGGGGUGUGACAUCACCAUACAGAGUCAUUCUCUCCCCCGAGCUGCCUGUGGAUGUGAUCAUCAUGGCUUUCUGCAACUACUACUACUGGGUCAAGAUCACUCCAAACAUGCUCUGCGCCGGAUCUCAAAUCAGAGGCAAAGAUUCAUGCCAGGGUGACUCAGGCGGUCCCCUGAUCUCCAACGGCUUCCCAGAGGGCGUUGUGUCCUGGGGUAUCAGCUGCGCCAACCCCUACUUCCCUGGAGUCUACACUAAAGUGAGGUACUACAUGCCUUGGAUUAACUGGAUAAUUGAAAAUGAAAAGUAAACCAAAUGUAGGCAGGCGGCUUGAGUUGGGGUAACUACAGUCAACAAAAGGACUGACUACAA